AUGGCUGGAAUGGUAAUGUUGUCAAAGACUACUAGUGAUGGUGGUGCUAAAGUGGACCAAGAACAACACCACCACCACCAAAACAAUCUCUCCAUUGCUGCGGUUUUCUUAGCUGCACUGAGAAAAUCAAUGGUCUAUUGCAGAGUAGAUCGACAAGAAGAAGUUAUCUCGGCCGUUCAACAUAUGGAAAUCGGAUGGCCCACGAAUGUUCAGCACAUUUCUCAUGUCACAUUCGAUCGAUUCAAUGGGUUUCUGGGUCUUCCUGUUGAGUUCGAAGUCGAGAUUCCUUGUAGAGUCCCCAGUGCCAGAUCUCGUGGGAGGGGAGCUUAG